AUGUUCUGUUUUUUAACAGAACCUUCUUCAACAGAAUUUUUCACCUUCAAAAUGAUUGAUGAAAUAGAAGAUCGGUCGAUGUCUGAAGCCUUCAGUCAAGCGAAAGAGGCAUUAGCAUGUGGAGAAGUACCAGUGGGUUGUGUGUUUGUUUUUAACAAUGAAAUUAUAGCCAGGGGUAGAAACACAGUUAACCAAACUCAUAAUGCCACUAGACAUGCAGAAAUGAACUGCAUUGAUCAAGCACUUACGUGGUGUACAGUUCAACAGUUGGACUACAGAACGGUAUUUCCAAAAAUUAGCAUUUUUGUCACAGUGGAACCAUGUGGGAUGUGCGCCGACGCUCUUGGUCAGUUGUGUGUCAUGAACAUCAUAUAUGGCUGCUCAAAUGAUCGCUUUGGUGGCUGUGGUUCUGUUGUGGAUAUACCAAAAUUAUACAAGUAUCCAAUGAAACUUCAGAAGGGAGUUCGAGCAGAAGAAGCAAUUAAUCUUUUGAAAGAAUUUUAUAAAGGUGAAAAUCCCAAUGCCCCAACAGGAAAAGCAAAAAGAAAAACAAAAAUGAUGUAAAUGUAAUAAAAUGUAUGAAUUAUUGUAGUAAAAUCCAGUAGUUAAAUAUUUUAGGCAAUUGUGCAAUUUUAACAAAAUUAAGGAAAAAAUUAAUGAGGUAUUGCAUUUUAACCUUUUAUAAACAUAGACUUUAAUUAAAAUUUUGCCUUUACACUGGCAAAACGUUAGCACAGUUUUCACAUCUGUUGUCGAAACUUGUCAAAUUAUUUGCAGUAAUACAGUAAUGCUAAAAUAUAAUUAUGUAAAA